AUGGCCUCAAAUAGCCAGAGCCCUGGUGAUAUUAAUAGCCCUUCCACGGGUCAUAUCCCUCUCCAGGAUCUAUCAAGACCUGAUGUCCCCGCAGAUGAACGUGGGCGAUCUCGCACUAACAGCGCGGGGGCUGGUCUGUUUUCACGACACUCACUAGGACGAGGAUCACGGCAGCAAUAUCACAGUAUCGCAGAUGGAUCACCUGUUGAUCUUGGCGCAAGUAGGAGGAAUCAAUUCACAUCAUCGUCUCAUACGGAUAGUGGCGAUGUCACACCCCAGGAUUUGGGAGCUUUGGCCCAGGCCAUGUCAUUCGGCCUCAGCUACGAACCAGGACAUUCAUCAACAAACCCAUCCGCUGCACAUGAUUUCCAUGAUAUCCCCUCCGAUCUCGAUCAUGUCCCCAUAGAUCCUUAUAAUUCUUACGAACCCGACUACGCAGCCACCGCUCACACCGAAGAUGAUACCGUACGAUUGACCGAUACUCGAUUCCUCCAACCAAUUAGCGGUGCCACUGGUGCGGAGGGAAGACUUAGUAAUGACUCUAGUUUCCAUUCUGUUAGUUUCAGCGAUGCUUCACGGCUGGGUGAUGACCUUCCCCAUCUAGAGAGUGGAUUGCCACAAAGAAGUGGUAGCAAUGCCCGAUCCCGUUCCCUAUCCCCGUCGGGAUCAAGUGGGGCGCUGCACCGCGCAAGUUCUCUAGUCAAGUCUAUGUCACAGCGUGUGGUCAACUUGAGUAAUGAGCCGGAAGUCGUUCAACAGUCGAUUGAGAGGGAAGAGUCUCAGAAGAAUGCGCGAUUGGAAGGACCCCCAGCCCUACCUGCGCUGUUAGAUUUCGCCCAUGAUCGCCCACAUGAAAGUCUACCACCCAGAGAGAAGCCGGGGCGGGGGAAGUUGUGGAAAUACCGAAAUAAUCCAUUCCGAGGCAGAUCUUUAGGAAUAUUUGGACCAAAUCACCCUCUUCGAAUUUGGUUAUGUGAUGUUCUAGUGCAUGCGUACAUGGAACCUUUCAUUCUGGUAAUUAUCAUCGUUCAAGCGAUUUUACUUAUAGUGGAAUCCUCCCAGUCAGUUUUCGACCGUCCAAUGGCUGCGAAAUGGGGCAGAGACAAGCUGGACUAUGUGUUCUUGGUAAUCUUUGUUAUCUACACGCUCGAAAUCAGCGCAAAAGUCAUUGUUUCUGGGUUACUCUUCAACCCUACAGAGUAUAGCACUCUGAAUCGAUCCCUAGGGAUUAGGAAGGCGAUCGCAGAAAAGGGCAAGAACCUGAUUGCACCUCAUCGACAGUCGACUACCAAAAAAGUCUCUUUUCUUCAAACAGAACCGCAGAGCUCUAUUUUGCGGACGUUCACCGGAAUGAAUGCACUAGAUUCUCAAUCUUAUGACGACCCGCUCCAAAAGCGUCGAGUCAGACUGGCCCAACGAGCCUUUCUUCGACAUUCUUUCAAUCGAUUAGACUUUGUGGCCGUGGUAGCCUUCUGGAUAUCAUUCUUUCUGGCUUUGAGUGGUAUAGAGGCAACUAGACAGCUCUUUAUUUUUCGCAUGCUGAGCUCUCUCCGAAUCUUGCGACUUCUUUCUCUGACGAACGGUACUUCAGUCAUUCUACGAAGUUUGAAACGAGCCGCUCCUCUUCUAGUUCAUGUAGCGUUUCUGAUUGGAUUUUUCUGGCUUCUUUUUGCCAUUGUAGGCAUCCAAAGCUUCAAGUCCAGUCUCAGAAGAACGUGUCUCUGGGUUGAUCCUGAAGGGCAGAGUAACUUCACUUUGAACGACCCGUACAAUGUGGUACAAUUCUGCGGAGGAUACAGUGAUAAUGGUCAACAAAUGUCUUGGAUUGAUGCUCGAGGUGUUUCAUCAGGAGCUAGACCUAAAGGUUACAUUUGCCCUCAAGGCUCCCUUUGCGUUGAAGGCACAAACCCCUACAACGGAACCGUCAGUUUUGACAACAUCUUCCAGUCCCUGGAGUUAGUCUUCGUCAUCAUGACCUCCAACACAUUCAGUGAUCUUCUAUACUAUACCGCCGACAGUGACUAUCUCGCCGCUGCGCUUUACUUCGCCUGCGGUAUUGUUAUUUUGAGUUUGUGGCUGGUUAAUCUGCUUAUAGCAGUCAUCACUCACUCAUUUCAACUUAUUCGCGAAGAAAGCAAGCGCAGUGCCUUCGCACCCAAGGUGAUAGAUGCUGUCGAAGAGGAUAAUCAAACUCAGCGUAAAAUUAGCGCCAUCAAACGACUUUAUGACAAGACUGAAUGGCUCUGGGUUUGUAUUAUCAUUUUUGACCUUGUUGUUCAAGCUUUGAGAAGCUCCACCAUGCCAGCAUCACGGGAAAAGUUCAUCAAUGAUACGGAGAUAGUUGUUACCAUCGUGUUCCUGGUCGAGAUAAUCGUGCGCUUUGCAUCAGACUGGCGUAUGUUUAUUCGGAAGCGCCGAAACUGGGUUGAUCUCUUCCUUGCAAUUAUCAACUGCGUCAUUCAAAUACCUCCAAUCAAGAACUCUGGCCGCGCCUACACUGUUCUCACCCUCUUUCAAAUCCUUCGAGUUUACCGAGUGGUUCUUGCUUUCUCUGUCACCAGGAAGCUGAUCAUGGUUGUUUUCCGCAACACCAUUGGUCUACUUAACCUUAUCUUGUUCCUUUUCAUGAUGACGUUCCUGGCUUCUAUAUUUGCGACACAGCUUUUCAGAGGUCAGAUUCCCACAUCUGAUCCUUCCGGAAAUACCAUCAUCGUCACGUUCUCUGACAUCUGGAAUUCCUUUAUUGGAAUGUACCAGAUCCUGUCGAGUGAAAAUUGGACGACUAUCCUUUACGAUGGCACAAACUAUACUGUCAACUUCAACACUGGAUGGAUUUCUGCUGCAUUCUUCAUUCUAUGGUUCAUCAUGUCGAAUUUUAUCAUUCUGAAUAUGUUCAUUGCUGUCAUUCAGGAAAGUUUUGACGUCUCUGAAGACGAGAAGCGAUUGCAGCAAGUCCGUGCUUUUUUGGAACAGAAACAUGUUGGAAGCGCUACCCAAGGAACCCUUGCAUUGUCCAGGAUUCUUCGGUUGGGCCGUGACUCUGAUCGCUACAAGGAUCCACUGGAGCAUGGACCUGCCGCGCUAGAAAUGCUACUCAAGGACGCUGUUGUUCAAGAGUUCCUUGACGAGGAACAACAAGAGCAACACAAAAAUACGACACAUGAUCAUAGGGCCCAUGCCAUGCCUGAGGGAAGCCCAGAAGAACCAGUGCAACCUGGCUUUCUUUCACAAUUGUGGACGAAGACAACUUCUGUUAUUAUAGGCAGGGAACCGAAUCCGUUCUACUCCAGGAUCAAAUUCUCCCGGGCGUAUGAAGAACUAGAUCCAAGAACCAUGGCCAAAGAAGUGGUUUCAGCAGCUGAGGCAAGAAAACGAGCACAGCGAGAGUUUCUUGUCAAACAUCCCACCUACAACAAAUCGCUCUUCAUUUUUUCUCCAAAUGAUCCAGUUCGGAAAUUCUGUCAGCGUAUUGUCGGACCCGGUAGAGGAAACCAGCGGGUCGAGGGCGUGGAUCCUUAUAAGCCACUGUGGUAUGCAUUUUCGGCUUUCAUCUAUGCAGCCAUCGUGGCUAUGGUGAUUUUGGCUUGUAUUACAACCCCUUUAUACCAGCGAAAAUACUUCGCUACUAAUCGCAACUGGUUUGUCUACAUUGACUUGGGGUUUGCUGUUGUCUUCACCAUCGAGGCUGCAAUCAAGGUGAUUGCUGAUGGCUUCUUCUGGACACCGAACGCGUAUUUCCGAAGCUCAUGGGGUUUCAUCGAUGGAGUGGUGCUGGUCACUCUCUGGAUCAGUGUCAUCAGUUCUUUGAUGAAGGAUUGGAGUAUCUCUAGACCUAUCGGUGCAUUUAAGGCUCUCAGAGCUCUCCGUUUGCUGAACGUCAGUAACAGUGCCAAGGAUACGUUUCACUCGGUUAUCAUUCUUGGGGGAUGGAAAGUUAUUGCUGCCGCGGCGGUUUCUAUGAGCUUCCUUAUUCCAUUUGCUAUCUACGGUGUCAACUUGUUCAAUGGGCAAAUGAUAAGUUGCAACGAUGGCGAUUUUGCAGGGAACUUGACCUAUUGUGUCAACGAGUUUGAAAGCUCGCCCUAUAACUGGAAUGUCCUUGCGCCCCGGGUUGCAGCGAAUUCCUAUUAUGACUUUGAUGAUUUUGGAGACUCUCUCUUCAUUCUCUUCCAGAUUGUGUCUCAAGAAGGCUGGAUCGAUGUUCAACAAAGCGCGAUGAGCAUUAUUUCGAAGGGUAUACAGCCCCAAUCACUGGCAGCUCCAGAAAAUGCUCUGUUUUUCAUUGUUUUCAACUUGCUUGGAGCUGUGUUUGUGCUGACGCUGUUUGUGUCUGUCUUUAUGCGCAACUACACGGAACAAACUGGAGUUGCCUUCUUGACUGCGGAACAGCGUUCAUGGCUGGAGUUGCGGAAGCUUCUUCGUCAAAUUUCCCCGUCGAAACGGUCUUUCACUGAGAAGAGCGCUAAGUGGAAGUUAUGGUGUUACCGAAUUGCAGUUAAGAAACACGGUCGAUGGGCAAAUUUCGUGACUUGCACCCUCGUGGCGCAUUUACUCCUUUUGGUGCUAGAGUGGUAUCCGGAACCUAAACUUUGGGAACUGAUCCGAUCCAUACUUUUCUUCAUCUUUAUGUUCGUCUACAUUGCCAAUCUUCUUAUCCGAGUGAUGGGUCUUGGGUGGCACCGCUUUAGCAGGAGCUCUUGGGAUCUCUACUCACUUAUUGCCAUUCCUGGUGCAUUCGUUUCAACCAUCUUGAAUCUCUCAUACCAAACUCAAGCUGUGCUCGAACUGAACAAACUCUUCCUAGUCUCGAUUGCUCUACUUCUCAUCCCGCGGAAUAACCAGCUGGAUCAACUAUUCAAAACCGCCGCGGCUAGUCUACCUGUGAUCAGUAAUCUACUGGCCACCUGGUUUGUCUUGUUCUUGGUAUUUGGAAUCGCAUUGAACCAGGCAUUCGGUCUUACUAAACUGGGACAAAAUGAAAACAACAAUCUCAAUUUCCGCGAUGUACCCAAAUCGUUGAUCUUGCUCUUCCGUGCUAGUGUCGGAGAGGGUUGGAAUCAAAUCAUGGAAGAUUACGCUACAAUGAUGCCUCCACUAUGCACAUACGAUGCCGAAUUUCUCUAUGAUGACUGUGGCAGCCCCGCAUGGGCUCGGUCUCUUUUCAUCGCGUGGAACAUCAUCAGCAUGUACAUUUUUGUUUCUUUGUUUGUUUCGCUCAUCUUUGAAAGUUUCUCUUACGUCUAUCAGCGAAGCAGCGGGCUGUAUGCCGUCAGUCGUGAAGAGACUCGCCGAUUCAAGCAGGCAUGGGCCACGUUUGAUCCUGAGGGUACUGGAUUCAUAUCCAAGGAGCAGUUUCCCCGACUCCUAGGUGAGCUUUCGGGUGUAUUUGCGAUGCAGAUUUAUGAUGGGGAGUUUAGCGUCGGUGCCAUCUUGGAAAGAUGUCGCACGAGUCCACGAAGAAACUCAUCCUACUCAUUCCAAGCCUCAAGGAAUAUGCGACCGGGAGACUCGUUGAUACAGUCGAACUUAAAAAAUGGGUUGGCGGAUGGCAUUGACCUCCAGGAACUCGCAAGUAUUAUUGACCGUAUCCCGGUCAAUACCAUCCGUGAGCGCCGCCAGCGCCUAAAUAAUUUCUACGAGGAGAUCCUUGUGUCAGCAGACCACGCUCGUGGUAUCUCCUUCCACCAGUGUUUAAUGAUCCUCGCUCAUUAUAACGUCAUCAGCGACAGCAAGAGUCUGCGUCUGGAAGAAUUCCUUCGUCGCCGAGCACGUCUCCAGCGUGUACAGGAAGCUGUCCGCCGAAACACUGUAGUGGGAUUCUUCGAUACUCUUUACUACACGCGGGAAUUCCGACGUGCAAUCGAGCGUAAGAAGAACUCCCGCAUGACUGAUGUUCCACAGUUUACCGUGCCCGAAAUCUUUGUCGAGGAUCCGGUAGACGAGGAGCCCGAGGAGCCAAUGCCUGGCACCAUGACACCGCAAACCCAGCCUGAGAUGGACGGACCUGGACCAUUCACGCCUAUGCUCUCGCCUGCAUCGACAUCGACACGCCGCCGAGCUGAAUCUAGCCCUACUGCGCGUCUGGGCGAUCUACCCCGGCUGGACACCACAGCGGCCGGUCUUUCAUCGGGAACUAGUACCCCGACCGAAUGGUCUGGCAUUAGUCCAUCGCGUGCUCCACGUCACAUGUACGGGGAAAGUUUGUCAUUCGCAUCGGCUGGCUCACCGUCCCACAGCCAUAGCGAUCAUUCACGACAGAAUAGUGUCGUUAGUGCACAGGAUGUCAUGGACUCGCUGGACAACUCCGUCUGGGGCGAGAGUAUCCGGCGGAGCUUCACUCAGCGGCGGCCAGGUGACCGACCGCCUGAAUAG